AAGCAGCACAUGCAAGAGCAGCAAGCGCUUGUGUGCAUUGUCGAUAGUGAGAAAAACUACUUUCAUUCACUUGAAUAGAAUUUCUUGCGAGAGAAAUUUUUGGAGAUUCAUUUAUAACCUGAGGGUGUCCGACCCAAGAGUUGGCAAAGCCGCAUUGAUUCAUCCUGUGUUGAAAAACUGAUCUCAACUAUAACGUGAAGAGAUCAAUUCUGUGACAGUCGGCACGGAAAAGACAGCUCUUUGUGUAUAGCAUGGCUGUAAACUCACUGGAUGUAUGUCAAUGCUGAAUGCUGGACUGGACUAACGGACAAGGAUGGCAUUUAUGUUGUGAAGGCUGGGACUAGCGUCGUGUAACUUUAUUAUCGCUGCACACCGUGACUUUUAUUUCAAGCUUGGACCACCAAGGUUGAUGGUGGUCGACUGAAAUCUCAGCAAGAUUGGCUGUACAAUGGGAACGGGGCAUUCCGCGCGGAAAGAAUCUUUCGACGCGAAUGGAGAAGUCAACUUUGAUCACUUUCAAAUUCUCCGUGCCAUCGGGAAGGGAAGUUUUGGGAAGGUAUGCAUCGUCCAGAAGAAGGAUACCAAGAAGAUGUUCGCUAUGAAAUACAUGAACAAGAACAUGUGCGUGAGGAAGGACGCCAUCUUGAACGUGCUGCGUGAGGUGGAAAUCAUGAGGACAUUGGACCACCCGUUCCUGGUGAACCUGUGGUUCACCUUCGAGGACGAGGAGGACAUGUUCGUGGUAGUGGACCUCCUGUUGGGAGGCGACCUCAGGUACCACAUGCAACAGGAAGUGGACUUCACCGACACUCACGUCAAACUGUAUCUGUGUGAGAUAGCUCUAGCACUGGAUUACCUCAGGAGUCGGAACAUAGUACACAGAGACAUUAAACCUGACAACAUCUUACUGGACGAAGAGGGUCACGCUCAUAUAACGGACUUCAAUAUUGCCACCACACUUGCCACGGGAGAACUAGCUACAUCUAUGUCGGGAACCAAGCCGUAUAUGGCCCCAGAGGUGUUCGCCUGUUCCUUGGAGGAAAGCCGUGGAUAUGGGUACCCGGUAGAUUGGUGGUCCAUGGGAGUGUCAGCGUUUGAAUUGCUCAAAGGAAGGAGGCCGUACGAGAUCCACGGUUCCACCACCCUGACAGAGGUGAAGGCACUGUUUCAUAACACCAAGGUGCACUACCCGUCGCUCUGUGAUAACGGCAUGAAGGAUCUCCUCCGACAGUUACUGGAGGUGGACCCGGUCCAGAGGCUGUCUACACUAGCUGGCUUCAAGAGACAUCCAUUCAUGGCGGACACCGACUUGGAUAGCGUGCUCAGGAAAGAAGUCAAACCUGUUUUUGUGCCUUCUAAGGAUCACCUCAACUGUGACCCAACGUACGAACUGGAGGAGAUGAUCAUAGAGACGAAACCACUUCAUAAGAAGAAGAAGAGACUCGCCAAACAAAACUCCAGGAAGGGGGAAAUGAUGUCCCAGUCGUCAACAGAGGAAAUGGACGAGCUGCAGAUCUACCUGAAGAGUAUAGGAAAAAACUUUACACCUUACAACAGGGAGAAAAGUCUCGAGGAACAAGAAAGGAAGAAGCUAGCAGACCUGGAAUCGGAGAAGGAGACGACAGAAUCGGACGAGCCAGUGAAGCAGACGACAGUUUCGGACGAGCCGGAGAAGCAGACGAUAGAAGCAGAAACCACCGAGCCGUCUUGAUAUCCAUCCUCACUACACAGGGGUGUAUUUGUGUUAUAAUAUUUGGCUGAGUUUUCUCACUUAUAUUAUGUAGGCAAUAACAGUUUUGGAGAAAUAUAACAAUCACGCAGCCAGAGCAUCCCUAUCAGGUCAAUAUUUGCAAUAUGUGGGUUGUAUUCCAGGAAUGAAAAUGCACAUGCGCAUGCUCUGUUGUUGUUUAUAAUAUGAUUUACAUAGGAGCACGUGAUCCAAUUUCAUAUGGGAUGCGGCACAUGUCUUGUGAAGAUUUCGCGAAAUGAUAGGAGUUACCAAAAACAGCAAGCACCUCUAUUGCAAUGACACACACACAAGGUUUGCUGGUAGGCUGUCGAGGGCAGAGAAUUCCGAUUGAAGUAGCCAUAUGUGUCGAGCAGUCAAAUCUAUUGAAUGAUUGCUGGAUCAAAGACUAAGAGUCCAGGGAGUGGUUUUAUGGAUUCUCUAGUCGCCGUUCGUUUCUUUCAUUAAAUGGUAAUCAUCAUCUGUUUUUUUUAUUAUGUUACUGUUGGUAGAGCCAAACGUGAGUUACUUCCCUUGUUUGUUAUGUCGCCGUUAUGAUUGACUUCACAAUUGACUUUGCUCUCUUAUAAGAUUCAUGCAAAUUGAAACGGAAUAUAUCUAUAUUCAUCCCAAUUAAAGGGGUGACUAGCGAGAACUUUUUUGUAACUGAAAAGUAGUUCGAUAGUUAAGCAUACUAUUGUGAUAGUAUUGCAAUAUCGGUGCCACUGUUGCUGUAGAAUUGCCAUAAGUAUAUCUACCUUUAGCUAAGUACAUUUCCUUGUUCCUGGCACUACGUUAUUAUAGCCAUGAUCAAUGGAUCAGUGUACACUCGAUUUCCAUUCUCAGCUCCCUGAGGAGUAUGAGACCCAAUCAAUGUUUUAUUGGUGUACUGCCUUGGAUUAAUGGGAUGGAUCGAGUGUAUCACCCGUUGAACCCCUAAGCAUUUGAACAAUAUUACUUUUUUAAUGGUGAGUGAGUGAGUGAGUGGGUAGGGUUUAACGCCGCUUUGAACAAUAUUCCAGUUAUAUCACAAGUGACAGCUUAGUGUGGGAUGAAAGACCAAACUGAUGCAUUUCUGAGACGUUUACCACUUUGGUGAAACCACGAGCACGGAUAUGGUGCUGACAAACAUAGAAACACAAUAAGAACGAACCGGGAUUCGAAUCAUCAAUCAUGUUUUGUUUAUGCAGUACUUCGGGCCUUUGGGCCUGCAAUAUGAAACCCUUGGCACUUGGCGUGCACAGGGGACGCAACUCUACACAGCGAAUUGCGGCGCCUAUAAGACGACUGGGCCACCCGUGCCCCAAGAAAUGAGUUAAAUCAUUCUCAAAAGUAUAACGAUAAUUUUGAUUUUGAAUGUAUGUCUGUAUGUCACGACGCUCUGUCGUUCUGUCAGUUGUAUUCAGGUUAACCCAUUAUAAAAACACGGGACAGUGCCCAUUGAGGGGCACCAGAAAUAAUGGACUAGUUCCAACACGGACCAGACACGUUGGUCCAGGCGCUGCUCCGUUUUGAACUGCGCGGGGUUGACGGACCUUGACUUCGAGGGUGUCAUUUUUUCUAUGUUAUAUCCACGUAUGCAUGCCCAAAUGCUUGUUUGACCCUAGUAUUUGGAAAUCCUAUUCCCUUCUUCCAGUCCCGUACCAUCCUCGGUUAUCCAGUGUGUUAUAACACCAUUCUGUUACGAUUAAGACCCCGGACCCAUUCGCUAUAGCUUUGGUUUGAGUCCAAUGCGAAUAACAAGGACAGGACGCUAUAUCGCCUUCCCAUGAAAUCGCAUUCAUGUACGAGGGGAAUUCAGUGAAAAGUUACUGACAAGAGAUUUCGACAUGGUGACGUCACUUCACAAAGGAAGCUGUGAAGGAGACAGUCAAGUCAAAGGGAGUCUAGUGUAUUUAUCUGAGUAGAGUAGAGAUUUGAUACAUGUGAUAAUCGAGGAUGGACACAUACGCACAGAAACAGAUCUUGAGAUAAAACACAGAGCAAUCUAUCCCAAUGCCAAUCUCCUAUAUGCAGUAAAUAAAAAUUUGCAGAACUGCAAAUCUUGUUACAGAAAUUUGGAUUUGUUACAGAAAACGGGUUGUUACAGUGACAUUACGCCGGCAGCAUUACUCUAACUCACGGUGUUUAAGCGUGUGCAGAGUCUCUGGUCGUAAAAGGCGCGGGGAGGGGCAAGUGGCACCACGGGCACCUCACCCAUGCCCCCAUACUGUUCUAUGCUGAUCGUAAGAGGAUACUGUGCUGGUCGUAAGAGGCGACUAACGGGAUCGGGUGGUCAGGCUCGCUGACUUGGUUGAUGCAUGUCAUCGUAUCCCAAAUGCGUUUAUCGAUGCUCAUGAUGUCAAUCACUGGAUUGUUUGGUCCAGUCUCGAUUAUUGACAGACCGCCGUCAUAUGGCUGGAAUAUUGCUGAGUGCGGCGUUCAACAACAGACAAACAAACAGAUACGUGUUCAGUUGUUUGCGCAAGAGACCCCGAAAAGCCCUUGUGUAGGCGUAGCCAAGUGGCUACAGCGUAUCCUACUUUCGACUAAGAUCCGAGUUCGGUCCCCACAUGCGUGCAAUGUCACACUGUGUGAAGCCCAUUUCCGGCGUUCUCACGCGGUGGUAUGGCUGUUCUGUGGGAAGAGCGGCUGAUCGAGGUCCAUUGCAAACUGCAAUGUGUUGACUAUUUGCGGAACGGGAGAUAGUGAGUGAGUUAAAAUUUAACGUCACAUCGGCAUUAUUUCAGCCAUAUAGCGACCGAACGGCAGAUACAAGACGCGGAAAUACUUGAUCAUUUCAAGUGAUACAUCUGCGAAAAUUUUAGAUCAGGAUAUGUGACAGCAUUUUUACAGAGACGCAUUUAUUAUUACUGUUCAAGACUAACGUUCCCAUGUCACAAUGAAGAGGACGUAUGUUUUGAGAUGUAGUGUCAUUGAAUUUGAUGCCAUGUCAUGUCCAAUCUCUUACAAAACGUUUAAUUUCUAAACUUGUGUAUAUUUAACACAUAUAUAUUUAUAUGUUAUAAUUCAAAUGUAUAUUCGUUUUGUAAAUAUUUAUGAAUGUCACAGUUAUUUGGAAUGUAUAUAGUUUCUAUUAACGGUUAUAACGGAUUGUGUGUUAUAAUGUAAAUCUGAUUGAUUCACUUUGUGUUCCCAGACUCACGUUUCAUGUCACGUAAACAUAUUAAAACCUUUACAAACAAAUAGAUUAUUCAAAAGUCAUAAUGCUUGUUUUUCGAGUUUGUUUUGGCUCGAAUUAUCACAUUCGUCUUGUUGAAGUCAGGAAUAACAUUUGGUGCAUGUAAAAUAUCAGAAUGUUCUUUGUGUUAGUGUUUAACACAAAGAUUAGAAUGUCCCUUGUGUCACAGUGUUUAACACAAAGAACGUUCUAAUCUUCUACACGUACGAACGAAAUUUUGUUCCUGUCUUCAUCAAGAAGAACGUGAUAAUUCGAGACAACGAGUUGAGAAAUGUUUGAUAGUUGAUGGUAAACAAAUAAUUCAAAUGUAUUCUGCCCAGAGAUUGCCACUGCAUCAAUAUCCAGCUAAGAAGAGCAUGCGCACAUGUAAACAACUUCGCGGAACAUUAACGAAACCAAAUAUAACGAUUUUCCAAAUUGAUUGCUAUGAAAAGUCAACGUUUAUUUGUGUACAAGUUGACUGACAGACCGAAGCAUGCCCUCAGACACACAUGUACAAGUUGACUGACAGACCGGAAACCAUGCACUCAGACACACAUGUACAAGUUGACAGAGUGGACGGAAACCAUGCACUCAGACACACAUGUACAAGUUGACUGAAAGACCGGAAACCAUGCACUCAGACACACAUGUACAAGUUGACUGAAAGACCGGAAACCAUGCACUCAGACACACAUGUACAAGUUGACUGACAGACCGGAAAGCAUGCACUCAGACACACAUGUACAAUUUGACUGACAGACCGGAAAUAAUGCACUCAGACUCACAUCCACAAGUUGACAGAGAGGACGGAAACCAUGCACUCAGACACACAUGUACAAGUUGACUGACAGACCGGAAAUAAUGCACUCAGACUCACAUCCACAAGUUGACAGAGAGGACGGAAACCAUGCACUCAGACACACAUGUACAAGUUGACUGACAGACCGGAAACCAUGCACUCAGACACAUGUACAAAUUGACUGACAGACCGGAAAUAAUGCACUCAGACACACAUGUUCAAGUUGCUGACUGACCGGAAACCAUGCACUCAGACACACAUGUACAAGUUGACUGACAGACAGGAAACCAUGCACUCAGACACACAUGUACAAGUUGCUGACAGACCGGAAACCAUGCACUCAGACACACAUGUACAAGUUGCUGACUGACAGGAAACCAUGCACUCAGACACACAUGUACAAGUGGAAACAAAGAUUAUGCCAUUUCCAUUGUAUGUUGUGUGGAUACACUACACUCCGUGUUUCGGGUUAGAAUUUGUCUUCAUCAACCCUUGCUUGUCGUAAAUGGCGAUUAACAGGGAUCGGGAAGUCAGGCUUGCUGACUCGGUUGAUGCGUGUCCUCGUGUCCCAGUUGCGUAGAUCGAUGCCCAUGAUGCCCAUGACUAGAUUGUCUGGUCCAGAUUCAAGGUUUCAUAGACCGCCGUUAUAUGGCUUGAAUAUUGUUGAGUGCGGCGUUAAACAACAAAUACAACAAAGACAGAAUCCGGUACACCGUCAAGAAUGUAACAUUGAACCUUCGUUCUAUACCAUGUAUAGCGUACAAUAGGCACCGACACUGCUUGGGAAGAUGCCGCGUCACAUGUAUGUUGUGUAGGCAUUGAGAAGCAUCGGCCACACCUUCCACCACACCUUCCACGAUAAAGAGUCAUAACAAUGCCAUAGAUUCGAGCCAAAUCACACCAGUUGUUGAACAUAGCUCCAUUUAUGUUUGUUAUUUAUUGAAUGUCAUUAACAAUAAGAAACCUACACCUAAAUUAGUCGGCAAUAUAUUGACAAAUUGUAUUGUGUAUAUGCUUGUGUAUUCAUAUAUAUCAAACCAUGUGUGGAUUCCAUGUCAAAAAGGUUCCCAGUACCUCAUGUUUGUCGUAAGAGCCGACUAAAAAGGGCCUCCAGUUGCCAGGUUUCGAGACAGUUCCAGUGACUUGGAUUGUUGCUCUUUCUAUCAGUCACUAGUUCGCCUAGUUCAGACCAUCUUCCCGAGGCAAGGGCGAUAACUGACUAUAUAAGUCCAGUCUCCACCCUUGCCGAACCAGACUGGAAUUUCUGGGCUCGAUCGUAGCGCCACAAAUGGCUAUUACUGUCCCUUCUAUAUCCUUCCUUUUGACCAAUCAGAUAUCACUUGUAUUUGCUUCAAACAAAAUGGCGGCGCCCAGUCAAGACGAUCCGAUCGAUAAUCAAGAUCUACAUUGUAAUAGAAAGGGUCUUACCUCGCGUGCAUCAAAUCAAGUGAGCGUCUUGAUGAAAAGAUUUGGAAAAUUUCUGUUGACGACAUGUUGACUGUACAUAUGCUUUGCAAAUCCUGCAAUCGACCGAAAUCUGCACGGCAGUUUACGAACCGGAUGUCGAUUUCAUUACGCGAUUUUGAUUGGACUGUGCAAAGACUCGUUAGUCCAGCCAAAAUAUAACUCCAUAAUUCCAGCCUAGUCCGGCAAGGGUGUAAACUGGACUUAUAAAGUCAGUUAACCCCCUUACCUCAGGGGGAUGGGUUCAGACUCCGUCAUGUACAGGCAGCCGUGAUAAAGCUGUAAUAUGGCUGCCUAUGUGGUUAAACAACAUUGAUACUCACAACUAUAUAUCAAACACCAGCGUUAAACAUUAACAUGAACACUUGGCCAUGGUUUGUAAACAUCCCAAAUAGCUGAUGAGAAGAAGGCGGUCACGAGCCUGCUGCCUAUGUGCAAGAAAUACAAUCAUACCUUCGAUGUUCUAGAAUCAGUUUUUGAAAAUCCCCUCUACACUUCUGUGAUUUUUUGUCAAUAACAAGAUGCAUUAGUCGCUCGGUCCGCUUCAACUGUAAGACUAAUUAAUCUAUUCAGCAUCAUUAAGCUAUUUUUAUUUUUCCAGCUCUGGGGUCGCGGUUUUGCAGAAUAUGUAUACUAGUAUUUAAAACUAGAGUAUGUAGAAACCAGACAGUUUUCAAAUCGCCCGGUUUUACAUGUUUAUAACAUAGAAAUCAGAGUGGACAAUAUCAAUAUAAUCUGAGAAGCAAAAGGAACUGUGCCUUUUUGUUGAUUUUAAUGUUUCUUUUUCAAUUUAAAAUAUCUUAAGUUAAGAACUGUACUGGCGAUAAGUCAGCAGUUAGAGAAUCCUUCUACAUGGUUUCAUUUUUUGAAAAUAUACUUUGAUUUAAAGCUUUAGAAAUAAAAAGAUUCCAUAAAAUACACAACUGCUGUUGGCUGAUUUGCUGUUUUCGGCACAAAUUUUCAACAUUUCAAACAUGAUAGGGGUCAUGUGGUUGCAAAUUCAUUUAGUACCCAAUCUUCAUUGAAAUUUACACAAAAUGAACAAGCCACAGACUAACUGUUGCAGGCAUGAGUGAUGGUUAAAUAGACAUAAUCAAAUUUGAACAACAGUUGUUUCAAUUUUCAAUUACAUAAAAAUAAUCUCGGUAUACUUUCUUUCGCCCCUCAGUUUAGCUCAUUAGUUUAGAGGAAGGCUGCAGAUUUUGUUGCUGCAUAGAGUUACAACAUCUUUAAUACGAUGGUUAUUCUCCAAUUAUAUGCACAAAUAUUGUGUCUGUGUCUUGCAUGUUUUUUGUUCUUUUUGCAUGUGAUCGAUUCGUCCUAUUACAUAUCUGGUUGAAUAAAACUUGUCUUUGGGUAGCAUUGAUAACCUUCAUAAAUAUGAGAAUAGUAUUUGAACGACACAAGUAAAAAUUUUUUUUAUUUCUUUAAACCGGACAAAUGUGGUACAAUGUGUAUUAAUUUGCUUCGCAACAUUCGAUAUAUACUCAGUGUCAUUAUUGAAGGAUCACCUUAUGUUGGUUGGUUGGUUUGUUUAACGCCGCACUCAGCAAUAUUCCAGCUAUAUGACGGCGGUCUGUAAAUAAUCGUGUCUGGGCCAGAUAAUCCAGUGAUUAAUAUCAUGAGCAUCGAUCCA